UUCUCUUCUCUUCUCUGUUCUGCCGGCAAGUCGUGAAACCUCUGCGACUUGAGUAAUGAAGAAAUCGUCUCAUCUCUACUGAAGAAGCUACGAAGCCCUUAAAAUUCUCUGUCUAAUCGUUCUUUCAGAUUAAUUUCGUACGAUCUCUGUUCGUUUAAGAGAUGCGCUCCAAGGACAAAAUCUCCUACUUUUAUGAUGGGGAUGUGGGGAGCGUUUAUUUUGGUCCAAAUCAUCCAAUGAAACCUCACAGGCUUUGUAUGACUCAUCAUCUUAUCCUUGCAUAUGGCCUUCAUAGCAAGAUGGAAGUUUAUCGUCCACACAAGGCAUAUCCUAUCGAGAUGGCUCAGUUCCAUUCUCCCGACUAUGUGGAGUUCCUGCAACGAAUUAAUCCAGAAAAUCAAAACUUGUUUCCCAAUGAAAUGGCUAGAUAUAAUCUGGGAGAGGAUUGUCCUGUCUUUGAGGAUUUGUUUGAAUUUUGUCAAAUUUACGCUGGGGGAACCAUAGAUGCUGCACGCAGAUUAAACAAUAAACUCUGUGACAUUGCAAUAAAUUGGGCGGGCGGGUUGCACCAUGCCAAAAAAUGUGAUGCAUCUGGGUUUUGUUACAUCAACGAUCUUGUACUAGGAAUUCUUGAGUUGCUGAAACACCAUCCCCGUGUGCUAUACAUAGACAUAGAUGUUCAUCACGGUGAUGGAGUUGAAGAAGCCUUUUACUUUACUGAUAGAGUGAUGACUGUUAGCUUUCAUAAGUUUGGGGAUAAGUUCUUUCCAGGGACAGGCGAUGUUAAGGAAAUAGGAGAAAGAGAAGGGAAAUUUUACGCAAUUAAUGUGCCGCUGAAGGAUGGUAUUGAUGAUAGUAGUUUCAACCGUCUCUUCAGGACAAUAAUUUCCAAGGUUGUUGAGAUAUAUCAACCGGGUGCUAUCGUUUUGCAAUGCGGGGCAGAUUCACUAGCCAGGGAUCGACUAGGAUGCUUCAAUCUCUCUAUUGAUGGACACGCUGAAUGUGUUAAAUUUGUGAAGAAGUUCAAUCUUCCCUUGCUGGUUACAGGAGGUGGAGGAUACACAAAGGAGAAUGUUGCUAGGUGUUGGACAGUUGAGACUGGCAUUCUUUUGGACACAGAACUUCCUAAUGAGAUUCCUGAAAAUGACUACAUCAAGUAUUUUGCGCCGGAUUUUUCCUUGAAGAUACCGGGUGGUCACAUUGAGAAUCUAAAUACCAAAUCGUACAUCAGCUCGAUUAAAGUACAGAUUUUGGAGAAUCUGCGAUACAUUCAACACGCUCCAAGCGUGCAGAUGCAGGAGGUUCCACCUGAUUUCUACAUACCUGACUUCGAUGAAGACGAACAAAACCCAGACGAACGCGUUGAUCAACGUUCACGGGAUAAGCAAGUCCAAAGAGACGAUGAAUAUUUCGAUGGAGACAACGAUAACGAUGGAUCGUAACAUGGAUACUUAGAACUGAAGGCAAUCUAUAUUGAUGGUUUCUACUUCUUCUUUGUUUAGUUAUGAGAUUUGUAAUGGUAACAACAUUUUAACGGCUAUAUGGACAAAUCCAAAAUCCAGUGAUGAUUGUCUACUGUAUUGAUUCCAUCUUUUUCCAUCAUUUAAAUUGUGUAUAUGAAUGAAUGAAAGCUUUCUUUUUUU